UUCUGAGAUUAAUUAAACUUCAUUGUUUCGAAGGUCAACUUGCCGUGAUUGCAAAAUACACUUUCGUAUUUUUCUCUUUAUUGUUCAAGACAAGAAUUAUAUAAACAACCAUAAUGUCGACAAUAAUUGAAGAUGAACAAAUGAAUAAUCAGCGAGUGUUGCCUCGGAUAGUUCUGAUAGCCUGUGGUUCCUUCAGCCCACCGACACCAAUGCACUUUCGCAUGUUCGAAAUUGCCCGUGAUUAUUACAAAACACAAGGAACACAUCACGUCAUUGGUGGCAUCGUUUCACCCACACACGAUUCAUACCAGAAAAAAGGACUCGUUGCUGGUACACAUCGAUUUGCUAUGUUAAAAUUAGCAUUGCAAUCCUCAACAUGGAUUAAACCCUCAGACUGGGAAAUACAGCAAACGGAAUGGUCACGCACAAUCUCCGUUCUGCAGUACCAUCAAAACUAUAUAAAUAACUAUAUCAAUUCACCACUAGAAAGUGACAUGAACGGUACUCUACCUAGUUGGAUGCCUCCCGGUUUGCGUGAGCGGCAGGAUGGUGUACAAUUGAAAUUGCUGUGUGGAGCUGAUUUACUAGAAUCAUUUGCAGUGCCGGGGUUAUGGGCAGAUAAGGAUAUUGAAGAUAUUGUUGGCAAUCAUGGUUUAGUGGUUAUCUCACGUAAUGGCUCUAAUCCUGAAAAAUUCAUUUUCGAGUCAGAUAUGUUGACAAAAUAUCAGAAACAUAUUACGUUAAUAACGAAUUGGGUACUAAACGAGAUGAGUUCAACAUUAAUACGACGUCUUAUUUCGCGCGAUCAGUCUGUGAAAUACUUGCUUGAUGACAGGGUCAUUGACUAUAUUCAAAUGCAAGGAUUAUUUAAUUGUAAAACUAAGUAUAUGAUUGGACUAAACCGUUUAACAACAUACCCACAAAAAUAUAACAACUUUUAUUUAAAUCGUGUUAAUACUAAUCCCAGCUCAUCCGUCAAUAAUUCGCCAUCUGAUGACGAAGAUGAUGCAGAUGAGCCGGUGAAGGCUGUGCAUAUGGAUCAGAGCGACUAUUCUAUUAAAAAUUUUCUAAAUAGUUUCAAUUUAGAUAACCGUAAGCCGUCAAGCAUGAACGUGUUUUGUUGUGGUGACAAUGAGAAUAUCGCCGCAGCCAAGAAGUUGCUACCAAGUCGUAAUGGGCCAGGACAAGUUGUGCAGGUGGUGACGUCCGAGAAGGGUACGAAAGUUGCAACGGAGGUCCAGCGCGCUGGCAGUAGUUGGGAUGAGUCUGAGGCCAAAAAGAAAAAGACAGAUGCUGUGAAUGUCUAAAAUUAUUGGUGUAAUGUUCCUGAUAGCGCUUAGAAAACAUGUGAAUGAUGAUGCAACCAGACAAUGGCUGUAAAAAGGAUGUUGUAAAUUGAGAGUGCUUGCGAAAAGUGAAAAAAUAUUCAAAUAAUUUAUACUUGCUUACGCUUAACUGAAAUGAAACUUCUAAUAUGUGUAUGUGUGAUGUUUGUCGAUAAUUUGCAGUUACAUGCAGUUUGAUGUGGUGAAACUUAUAGACUAUAAUAUUAGAUUAAAGCAGAAAGCUAUUUUAGCACUUCAUGAAUUUCAAAA